AAUUGUACUCAAUUAGCUCCACCUUAACUGGGUGUGGACACGAUGUAUUACAGCCAUUUGACGCAACACAAAAACAAAAGAAAAACGGAUUGUCUUCUUCGGGCGAUAACGCCCCUUGCCACCUCAGACGCUUUUCGGCUUUGACGCAACGCAGUCAUGGCUGGUUCUAGCCCAAGUUCAAGUCCUAGUUCCAGUUCCAGUUCAAAUUCAUCAAGAGAUUCUCGUCGAAACAAUCGCGAUCGUGAUCGAGCAAAUCGCAACCGUGAAAGAAGAGACAUCAACCAGGAAGAUCAAGAUAUCCUAGACCGGGCACGUGAGCAAGAACUGCGAGACCGUGAACUACAGGCCCAACGAGAGCGUGAGCAGCAAGAUGAAGACCGACGGAGGCGAGGAGAACAGCCGCAAGAAGGCGAUGCAGGUGGUGCUGGUGGCGCGGGAGGUGCUGGUGGUAUCGGCGUUCCUGAACCCCCAAGAGAGAACCUGCCACGAAAAUUUGCAGUCCCCAGAAGACGCAUGCGGGUCGUCAGAGACUGGAUGACUUCAACCCUGAGUCCUUCGGAAGCCAAGCAGCUACGGGAGAGUUUUUUGCCCAGUUUUUCUGACACUGAUUUUGAUUUAAAAUGUCCUCAGGUGGAUUCCUCUCUUGCCCGUCGUUUCAAAGAUCUCAAGUGCCCCGAAAUGGUGAAGGCGGAGGCUACUGAAAAAACCCUGAAAGCUGAACAGUAUAAGGUCCUAGAUGUCGCUCGCCCUCUUCUUUAUCUGAAAGAGCAGAUGGCCGAAGGAGAACUUCAAAACUCGCCCAUGGCGGAGGCUGUCGAUGUCGCCCUGCGUUUGUGGGGCCACACUUUCCAUGGAAUCACGGCCAACCGCCGCGAAAAUUUAUUGAAGGUGUCCGAUCCGAAGUUCGUCUCCUUGUUAAAGGAACCGAAACGUUUUAAGGCUAAACAGUGUGGAGCCCUGUUCGGCAGUCACUUCAUUAAGGAGAUGGUUAGAGAGGCGACUAACGACCAGAAAUUGAGGAACAUCGGACGCCCGGCAGGCCAAUCAUCGAGCUUCAAAAGUCGCUAUCCACCCACCAGCUAUAAUCCUAGAAAUUCCGCAAGCGGCUAUCAUCGUAACGGCUUCAAUGGUGGCAACCGAGGCGGCAACUUCGGUGGUUCCAACAACUCGAAUGGAGGCUAUAGGAACAACAAGCAGAAAUCGAGCCAAAGAUCACCAGUCCAGGCUGAAUCUGGAAGCCGGCGAUUGGAAACUACGGCCGGACUAUUUCCAGCAAAUAGCGUCCCUGUGGAACCCGCAAAUAGAUUUAUUUGCAGCAGCUUGGAACCGUCAGCUGGACAAGUUCAUCAGUUGGCAGCCACAGCCGGACGCGAUGGCAGUGGAUGCAUUCACGAGGGAUUGGGGCAAAUUGAGAGGCUAUGCGUUCCCGCCGUUCAAACUCAUUCACAGAUGCUUGUUAAAGAUCUGGAGGGAUCAAGCGGAUGCGCUUCUGCUGACGCCGGUCUGGCCAGAACAACCUUGGUGGCCAACAAUAAUGGAGUUGGCAUACCAACCGCCUCGUAUCCUGAAACCGGUGGCGAAUCUACUGUCGGAUCCGGAAGGGAACCCUCAUCCACUGCUGGCUCGAGGGUCACUGCUAAUGGUCGCAUGGGCCUUAUCAGGCAAAGACUCGAAAACAAAGGCCUUUCGGACAAAGUGGUCCACCUACUCCUGGCAGGAAAUCGUGAGGCCACAUCAACUGCCUACCAGAGCUGCUGGAACGGUUGGGUCAGUUGGUGUACAGAACGGGAUCAAGAUCCCGUGUCUCCUGCUCUAGGGGUCGCGGCAAUGGCUAUUGACCGUCACUCAGUCAUCAAGAUGCAGAGGAUUCCGUUACCCACAGAAGAAUUACUAUUUAUUAGUUAUGCAUAGGAAGCCUCAAAGGUCUGAGGUGGCAAGGGGCGUUAUCGCCCGAAGAAGACAAUCCGUUUUUCUUUUGUUUUUGUGUUGCGUCAAAUGGCUGUAAUACAUCGUGUCCACACCCAG